UUCCUAUAGAGAGGAGAGAUGAAAGGUUUCUCAAGGCAACAAACAUUUACAGGCAAAAGGCACUGACGGUGCACGGUAUUUAACAGAAUGGGAGCAGUUUUGAUGGGAACUUUGAUCUUUUGCAUUGCCUUUGGACAGACCAUUUCAUUGUGUCUUCUGACUGAGUAUACCAUGUUUGUGGAGAAAAAGGAGUGUGCAUAUUGCAUUGUCGUUAAUACAACAACAUGCUCUGGAUAUUGCCUUACAUGGGAUCCAAAUGUGAAGGAAGGACACCCUAAAUUUUUUCAUUCUCAGAAUCAGAAGGCUUGCACGUACAACGAAUAUACUCACAAGACAGUUACUAUACCAGGUUGCCCAAUGCAUGUGAAUCCAGUUUAUACCUACCCUGUAGCUAUCAGUUGCAAGUGUGGUAAAUGCAACACAGACUACAGUGAAUGCAUACAGGAUGUGAUUAAAACAAAUUACUGUACAAAAUCUAAAAAGCCCAAUUAGAUUGGCUUCUCUAAUUAUAUCUAGUAACUAUCUAUCAGAAUCAUCGCAAAUCAUGAUUGCAGUAUGAUAGCCUUCAGAUACUCAAAAUCUGACCCUUGUUUAGCUUAGAACCUUCAUGCAAUCGUUAUGGCAUCCAGAACCUUUAGCAAUGUAAGUUUUCUUCUGUUUAUGGUAAAUGUGAGACUUAAUGCUUUAGAAAGGCAGGCAUGGCAAUGUACUUAGGACAUGUAGAAUACAGCCAGAAAUUGCAUCACUUUAUUACAC